GGAGUGAGGGUGCACGCUGUGUGAGAAAUUGGGGCUCGCAUCGCCAAUGAGCAGCAGGCGAUGGGCCUGGGCCGGGAUCCGGCGGCAAGUGCACACAUCUGCGACCACUCGCGAACCCUCUUCGGGCCCAAUCGACGCUUGGGUAUCGGACAUCCCCGCUGGGGUUCCCUUGGCUGCAGACAUCCUCUCAGACUCUGAACACCAGCCGGUUUUCCAGGAAUAAGCUGACUUGCAGGGGUGGGGCUCACAGUUGUUUGCCUGACACAGCUGGCGCGCCCUCCCGCCCCCGCGGCCCGCCUGCUGGGAGCGGUGCGCGCUGGCCGCGAGGCGGCAGCUCCACAGGACGAGGCGGCGCGGCAUGUCCUGCGGACCGCCUCGGAUGCGCGGCCUGGCGGCGCCGGCCGCGCACGAGGAGGGGCCCGCAGCAGCGCCGGCGGAGCUGCCCGCGGCGGUGCCCGCCGCGCCGGUGGAGGGGCCGCUGCUGUGGCCAGGCAGCGGUGGCAGCGGUUCGUUCCUGGAAGCCUGCGGGGCCGCGCUGCUGCAGCGGCGGGAGCUGCAGCUGGCGCCCGGGAGCUGCGUGCGGCUGCGGGAGACGGUGCGGCUGCAGAGGAAUAAGGACGCGCUCCGCAUCACGGGCCUCGGGGACUGCGUGAUCGAGAGCUCGGCGUACUCUGCAUUCCACCUCGUGGGGCGCCACGCGCGCCUCGAGCUGCGGAACCUCUCCGUGCGGCACGUGGCGCCGACGCUCGUCGGCGACGGGUCCGACGUUGGCGCGGCCAUCUCCCUCAUGGCGCGCUCUGUCGCCGAGCUCGCCGACGUCAGUGUUGUCUCCGUGAGCGGUCUCGGCAUCUGGCUAGUGCAGAGCGCGCACUUGUCGAUGCGGGCAAGCCGCGUUGCCGACUGCGGGCGCUCCGGGGUGGCCAUGUUCGGGCACUCGUCCGCGCUGGUGGAGGGCUGCGCGGUGAGCUCCUGCGCCAUCCACGGCCUCUGCGCCCGGGGCAACACCAGCCUCGCGGUGCGCGACUGCGAGGUGGUGGACUGCGGCAGGAGAGGCGUGUACGUGUACCAGUCGGGCGAGCUGGACAUGAGGGCCUGCCACCUGGCCCGCACGCGCGACCCGAGCAGGGCCGCCGUCGAGGCCGCGGGGUCCCGGCCCGGCGACGCGGUGCGCGCUCGCGUCGUAGCCUGCCGCGUGCUGCAGAACGCGGGCGCGGGCGUGCGCCUGCGCGGCGCCGUCGCGCACGAGCUCGCGGGCAACGAGUGCCGAGGGAACGGCGCCGCAGACCUCGUGGUGAUGCGCGGCGAGGUCAACGGCGACUACCCCGUGGCCCUCGCCGAGCCCACCGGCGUCUACCCCGUGGUGCAGGCGGAGGCCGUCGCGGAGCAGGCGCAGGCCACGGCGGAGCGGGGGCGCUGAGGUCGCGGCGGCGGUCCCGGCGUGCUGCUCCGUCGGAGCGCGGCGGGAAGAGUCCGGCUUCUCGUGCUCCAGCUGAUCCCCCCACCGUGG